AUGAAGAGUAAACAUUAUGAGAAGGUCGACAACUUUGUUGAAAGGUUCUCCCCUUUUGUUUUGAAGUACGAAUUCACUCAAGGUCAAAGUGGCUUAGUAACCACAUUAAAACCUAUUGUCGAACAUUGGUCUUACCCUCAGUUCGCAAAAGCAGUCCUUGACGAGUACAACAAAUUCUUCUCCGAAGUCAAAUCCAAAGUCAAGGUUUACUAUGAGAACAUUGACGCACUCAUGACGAACGAAGAAGGCUAUAACAAACUCAUUGAAAUGGGAAUGGUCGGUGAAAAGAUGGGCUGUUUUAAGCUAGACAAGGUAUUUUCCGAAGUUCAUGUCCUCUCCAAGCGUAAGUACUGGGGCAUACUUGAAGACGGCACAGAAAUAAAACAUUGCAUGAAGUAA